AGGAACAGAUGUGUUGACAUGUGAGGAAAAGCAAGACACAGAUUGAAGUUGUGUUAUUGUCCACUGUGGUGUGUUUGUGUUUGUAUGCAUAUGAGCCGCAGGCAUGUGGUAAUCAAGGUGUGCUUGCAUAAGGGCGUGUGAUAUGAAUAUGCGUGUGCGUCUAUGUCUGUUGACAGUUAAUGGAGGCAGGUCUUUUAAGGUGGAACCUGUUUGUCUGCUUCAAGUCAAGUAUUCGUCCACCUGACUGGCGCUCCUCUCCUCAGUCACAUCCUGCAGAGAACAGCAUGGACUGAUAACUCUGUGCUGAAACUCUUCGCACAACUUCAACAACACGGAGGCCAGACGCCAACCUGAUGGACCCUGAGGUUUAGUCAAAAGGGAUUUUUCAAUGCCGCUGUGACAGAAACACAAGGAUCAUGCCGGCACACCGCAGGGGAAGGAGUCUCUCUGAGGCCUUGACCCUGGAGCAAUUAGAGGAGGAGGGGCUGGUCGUUUCUGGCAUCAACAACAGUGGCUCAGCCAAUCGGGGACUGAGGAAAGGGGAUGAAAUUGUGGGGGCAAAAAUCAAUUUUGAUCAUCUAUCAAAAGAGGAGGUGUUAAAAGUACUGAAGCUGAUGGAGCCGUUUGAUGGCAAGAUCCAAGUCCUCACCAGGAACAACCUGAGCAAGAGCCUCGGAAAUCUGGACCAGUGUGCCAAGAGUCCUGACACGAUGCUGAAGGAUUCCUACAACAAACUCUACAAUGCCAAAAUCAAGAAGUUUAUGAGAGGAGACUUGCUUGGUGCUGAGGAGGGCUGUGUGAACGGGGAGGUUGCCGCCAAGCCAACUGUAUCAGGCUCAUCCAAGGUCAACCUAAAACAUGACAUGGGGUUACCUCGCCUCGGAGUUGACUUUGGACUUCUGAAAACUAAGUCUUUGAGCACAGACUUUGAUGCUGAUUCACAAUCUCAUGACACUGGAGAAUUAACAUAUGGCAGCAAUCUGAACCUUCCACCGUUGGGUCUCGGCUUGAGUGGGACUACUCUAAGUGGAGCUCAGGUACCAAGACUGAAGGUUGAUGCUAGAAGUCCACAGCUUAAAGCUCCAGACUUCCAUCUGUCCGGAACAUUACCAGAGGGUCCAAAUGUCAACACUAGAGCUGGUAUUCAACUGCCAAGCACUGAUGGUCCAUCAGUUGACUUCACAAUGCCAAAUCUUGAAGGACCUCAAAAUGAACUGGAAAGCAACAGAACUUUUAGAGCUCCAGAAAUAGGUAUGGACUUAAAAGCUUCAGAUGUUAGUACUGCUGACAUGGGGAUGAACCUUAAUAGAGGAAAUAUCACUGGUCCAUCCUUUGCCACUGGUGUUCCCAAAGUGGGCAUCGAAGAAACAAACAAAGAAUUCAAAAUGCCCAAAUUCAAACUGCCCGACCUAGGCCUCUCUGGACCUUCUUUAAGUGGUCCAGAAUGUGAGGUCAAGAUGCCAGAUGUAGGAACCCCAGAUGUUCCACCAGGUAAACUCAGUCUUAAGUAUUCCAAGAGACUGAAAACCCCAGAUCUAAAUGUGGACAAUCCUUCUGGUUAUGUAGAAUCACCCAAGCUCAUGCUGUCUGGGAGAUCCCCUGACCCAGACCUAGAAAUGCCAGGUGUUGAUGUAUCACAACUUGAUCUAAAUGGGCCGGACAUUGACAUGCCUAAAGGAAAAUUCAAACUGCCACUUAAGAAAUCAAAGAUUGAUCUUAAAUCUCCGGAUUUAGAUGUGGAUGCCCCAUCUGGUAAAUUCACUAUGCCCAAAUUUGGAUUCUCAGGCAAAAGUGAAGCUGAUGUUAAAACACCUGACCUCAGUCUCAAAAGUCCAAAGAUAAAAGGUGGAAUUCAUACACCUGAAAUAAAUCUACCCAAAGCUGACCUAAAAGGAUCGAAUUUAGCCAUUGACACCCCAUCGGUUGACAUUAAAGGAAAAUACAAGGCUCCUAAGUUUACGAUGCCUGAAUUCGAUUUACCAGACAUUCGAGUUCCAGGUUUUAAUGGUGAUUUAGCAGGACCAGAAGUGCGGUUGGCAGCGCCAGAUCUCAAAGAUGGAAUUGCGGACCCAAAUGUUGACUUAAAUGUACCCUCAACUGACUUGGAUAUUGCAAGACCAUCUGGAAAGCUCAAAAUGCCAGGCUUUGGGCUAUCUGGGCCUAAAGUUAAAGGCCCUGAAUAUGAGUUAAAAACUCCAGGCAUGGAUGUAUCCACUCCUAAGUUAAAAAGGGGCAUCAAUUUGCCUGGUGUUGAUCUCAAAGACCCAGAGCUUGAUGUAGAUACUCCCUCUGACAAGCUUAAACUUCCAAAAUUUAAGCUCUUUGGCGCAUUUCCAAAGAAAAAAGAUGUGGAUAUCAAUGCAGGGGUGAAAACGCCUGAACUAACGCUGAAAUCCCCAAGGAUAAAAGGCAUAGAUGCUCCUGAUGUGAGUGUACCAGACAUGGAUCUCAAAGCUCCAAAUGUAGACCUCCACUCUCCAGAUGUAAACAUUGGUUCACCCAAGGGAAAAUUCACUAUGCCAAAGCUGAAAAUACCCAACUUAGACCUGUCAGGUCCAAAAGGAGCAAACAUUGACGUAGAUGCAUCUCUAAACAGACCAGGCCUGCCAUCAGGUGGUCUUCAUUUGUCUAAGCCAGAGUUUGACAUUGAUGCAGAUCCAGAUUUGAAUUUGCCCGAGAUGGACCUUAAGAAACCCAAACUAGAUCUUUCUGGCCCAGAUGUCAACUUAGAUUUGCCCUCAGGUAAAUUCAAAGUACCAGCAAUGAAGAAGCCAAAUAUUGACUUGAAUGCUCCUGACAUGCAUAUUGAUGCUCCCUCAAGCAAAUUUCAUAUGCCUAAAUUUAACCUUUCAGGCACAUUGCCAAAGGGACCAAAUGUGGACAUAAACACGGAUCUAAAAUCACCAGAUCUAAGUCUUAAAGCUCCAACGAUAAAGGGUGGAAUUGAUGCCCCUGACCUGGACUUACCAAGCAUGAACAUUAAAGCUCCAAAGUUAGAUGUGAACACUCCAGAUGUCAGCAUUGGUUCACCAAAGGCAAAAUUAAAGAUGCCCAAACUCAAGAUGCCUAAAUUUAGUCGUCCAAGCCUAGAAGGGACUGAGAUUGAUGGCAAUUUGGAUGGUCCAGACAUGGAUAUUAAUGCACCCAAUCUCAAACUCAAAGGUCCUAAAGCUGAUUUAGAAAUGCCUGAUGUUGGUAUUGCUGGGCCUUCGGGAAAAUUCAAGAUGCCAAACUUGAACCUGCCUGAUUUGGGGCUUUCUGGUCCAAAGUUAGAUGGCCCUAACCUGGACCUCAAAUCACCUGACCUCAAUAUCUCUGGCCCCAACCUCAGUGGUGGAAUAAAUCCACCAGACAUAAACAUGCCCAAGGUUGAUUUUCAAAAGCCCAAACUGGACCUCAAUACCCCAAAGCUCAACUUGGACAUGCCAUCAGGUAAACUGAAAAUGCCAGAGCUUCAUGCUCCAGACUGGGAUGUUGAUGGUCCCUCAGGUAAAUUGAAAUUGCCUAAAAUGAAUCUUUCUGGCACGCCAAAAGGACCAAAUUUGGACAUAAACACAGAUCUUAAUUCACCAGAUUUGAGUCUAAAAGCUCCAAAGAUAAAGGGUGGAAUUGAUGCCCCUGACUUGGACUUGCCUGAUAUGGACCGUAAAGCUCCCAAGUUCAAUGUGAAUACUCCAGAUGUCAACAUUGGUUCACCCAAAGCAAAAUUUAAAAUGCCCAAAUUGAAAAUGCCUAAAUUUAGCUUCCCAAGCUUAAAAGGACCUGCAAUUGAUGGAAACUUAGAUGGCCCAGAUGUAGCUUUAAAUGCACCCACGGUAAACCUGAAAGGUCCUAAAGGUGACUUAGAUGUUGAUGUUGCUGGUCCAUCGGGAAAAUUCAAAAAGCCAAACUUUAACCUGCCUGAUUUUGGUCUUUCUGGUCCAAAGUUAGAUGGCCCUAACUUGGACCUCAAAUCACCUGACCUAGAUAUCUCUGGUCCCAAUCUCAGUGGUGGAAUAAAUGCACCAGACAUAAAUAUGUCCAAGGUUGACCUUAAAAGCCCCAAACUGGACCUCAAUACCCCAAAGCUCAACUUAGACAUGCCUUCCGGUAACCUGAAAAUGCCAAAACUGGCAAAACCAAAGGCAGAACUUCAUGCUCCAGACUGGGAUGUUAAUGCUCCCUCAGGAAAAUUGAAAUUUCCUAAAUUCGAUCUUUCAGGUAAAUUACCAAAAGGGCCAAACAUGGACAUAAACACAGAUCUGAAAUCACCAGAUUUUAGUCUGAAAGCUCCAAAGACAAAGGGUGGAAUUGAUGCCCCUGACUUGGACUUGCCAAACAUGGACCUUAAAGCUCCCAAGUUGGACAUGAACACUCCAGAUGUCAACAUUGGUUCACCCAAAGCAAAAUUUAAGAUGCCCAAACUCAGGAUGCCUAAAUUUAGUUUUCCAAGCCUAAAUGGACCUGAGAUUGAUGGCAACUUAGAUGGUCCAGAAGUUGAUGUAAAUGUACCCAAUGUCAAUCUUAAAGGUCCUAAAGCUGAUGUAGAAAUGCCAGAUCUUGAUAUUUCUGGUCCAUCUGGAAAAUUCAAAAGCCAAAUUUUAACCUGCCUGAUUUUGGCCUUUCUGGUCCAAAGUUAGAUGGCCCUAACUUGGACCUCAAAUCCCUGAUCUAGAUCUAUCUGGCCCUAACAUUCAUGGUGGAAUAAAUGCACCAGACAUAAACAUGCCCAAGGUUGAUCUUAAAAGCCCCAAACUAGACAUGCCAUCGGGUAAACUGAAGAUGCCAAAACUGGAAAAACCAAAGGCAGAACUUCAUGCUCCAGACUGGGAUGUUAAUGCUCCCUCAGGAAAAUUGAAAUUUCCUAAAUUCGAUCUUUCAGGUAAAUUACCCAAAGGGCCAAACAUGGACAUAAACACAGAUCUGAAAUCACCAGAUUUUAGUCUGAAAGCUCCAAAGAUAAAGGGUGGAAUUGAUGCCCCUGACUUGGACUUGCCAAACAUGGACCUUAAAGCUCCCAAGUUGGACAUGAACACUCCAGAUGUCAACAUUGGUUCACCCAAAGCAAAAUUUAAGAUGCCCAAACUCAAGAUGCCCAAAUUUAGUUUUCCAAGCCUAAAUGGACCUGAGAUUGAUGGCAACUUAGAUGGUCCAGAUGUUGAUGUAAAUGUACCCAAUGUCAAUCUUAAAGGUCCUAAAGCUGAUGUAGAAAUGCCAGAUCUUGAUAUUUCUGGUCCAUCUGGAAAAUUCAAAAAGCCAAACUUUAACCUGCCUGAUUUUGGCCUUUCUGGUCCAAAGUUAGAAGGCCCUAACUUGGACCUCAAAUCCCCUGAUCUAGAUCUAUCUGGUCCUAACAUUCAUGGUGGAAUAAAUGCACCAGACAUAAACAUGCCCAAGGUUGAUCUUAAAAGCCCCAAACUAGACAUGCCAUCAGGUAAACUGAAGAUGCCAAAACUGGCAAAACCAAAGGCAGAACUUCAUGCUCCAGACUGGGAUGUUAAUGCUCCCUCAGGAAAAUUGAAAUUUCCUAAAUUCGAUCUUUCAGGUAAAUUACCCAAAGGGCCAAACAUGGACAUAAACACAGAUCUGAAAUCACCAGAUUUUAGUCUGAAAGCUCCAAAGAUAAAGGGUGGAAUUGAUGCCCCUGACUUGGACUUGCCAAACAUGGACCUUAAAGCUCCCAAGUUGGACAUGAACACUCCAGAUGUCAACAUUGGUUCACCCAAAGCAAAAUUUAAGAUGCCCAAACUCAAGAUGCCUAAAUUUAGUUUUCCAAGCCUAAAUGGACCUGAGAUUGAUGGCAACUUAGAUGGUCCAGAAGUUGAUGUAAAUGUACCCAAUGUCAAUCUUAAAGGUCCUAAAGCUGAUGUAGAAAUGCCAGAUCUUGAUAUUUCUGGUCCAUCUGGAAAAUUCAAAAAGCCAAAUUUUAACCUGCCUGAUUUUGGCCUUUCUGGUCCAAAGUUAGAAGGCCCUAACUUGGACCUCAAAUCCCCUGAUCUAGAUCUAUCUGGUCCUAACAUUCAUGGUGGAAUAAAUGCACCAGACAUAAACAUGCCCAAAGUUGAUCUUAAAAGCCCCAAAUUGGACCUCAAUACUCCAAAGUUCAACUUAGACAUGCCAUCUGGUAACCUGAAAAUGCCAAAACUGGCAAAACCAAAGGCAGAACUUCAUGCUCCAGACUGGGAUGUUAAUGCUCCCUCAGGAAAAUUGAAAUUUCCUAAAUUCGAUCUUUCAGGUAAAUUACCAAAAGGGCCAAACAUGGACAUAAACACAGAUCUGAAAUCACCAGAUUUUAGUCUGAAAGCUCCAAAGACAAAGGGUGGAAUUGAUGCCCCUGACUUGGACUUGCCAAACAUGGACCUUAAAGCUCCCAAGUUGGACAUGAACACUCCAGAUGUCAACAUUGGUUCACCCAAAGCAAAAUUUAAGAUGCCCAAACUCAAGAUGCCUAAAUUUAGUUUUCCAAGCCUAAAUGGACCUGAGAUUGAUGGCAACUUAGAUGGUCCAGAUGUUGAUGUAAAUGUACCCAAUGUCAAUCUUAAAGGUCCUAAAGCUGAUGUAGAAAUGCCAGAUCUUGAUAUUUCUGGUCCAUCUGGAAAAUUCAAAAAGCCAAAUUUUAACCUGCCUGAUUUUGGCCUUUCUGGUCCAAAGUUAGAAGGCCCUAACUUGGACCUCAAAUCCCCUGAUCUAGAUCUAUCUGGUCCUAACAUUCAUGGUGGAAUAAAUGCACCAGACAUAAACAUGCCCAAGGUUGAUCUUAAAAGCCCCAAACUAGACAUGCCAUCAGGUAAACUGAAGAUGCCAAAACUGGCAAAACCAAAGGCAGAACUUCAUGCUCCAGACUGGGAUGUUAAUGCUCCCUCAGGAAAAUUGAAAUUUCCUAAAUUCGAUCUUUCAGGUAAAUUACCCAAAGGGCCAAACAUGGACAUAAACACAGAUCUGAAAUCACCGGAUUUUAGUCUGAAAGCUCCAAAGAUAAAGGGUGGAAUUGAUGCCCCUGACUUGGACUUGCCAAACAUGGACCUUAAAGCUCCCAAGUUGGACAUGAACACUCCAGAUGUCAACAUUGGUUCACCCAAAGCAAAGCUGAAAAUGCCCAAAGUAAAAAUGCCUAAAAUGAAUCUACCAAGCUUAAAAGGACCUGAGAUUGAUGGCAAUUUCGAUGUCCCAGACAUCGACAUCAAUGCACCCAACGUCAACUUCAAAGGGUCCAAAACUGACUUUGGCAGCCCAUCUGGAAAAUUUAAAAAGCCUCAUUUGAAAAUGCCUGAUGUGGGGUUUUCUGGUCCAAAGUUAGAUGGCCCAAACUUUGACCUCAAGUCACCAGAUCUUAAUGCCAAAUUACCGAAAGGACUGAAAACUCCAGAUUUGAAUCUCAGAGCCCCAAAGAUGAAAGGUGGAAUUGAUGCCCCCAAGUUAGGCUUACCAAACAUGGACAUUAAAGCUCCCAGGUUAGAUAUGAACACUCCAGAUGUCAACAUUGGUUUUCCUGAUGUAAAUUUCAAAAAGCCCAAAAUCAAGAUGUCAAAAGGUCCCAAUGUUGACAUAAAUGGGGACCUACAGGGGCCUGACCUGAAUAUCCCGAAUGUAGAUGUUAAUGGUCCAAAAGGAAAAUUUAAAAUGCCAAGUUUAAAUGCACCAGACCUCAGUCUCUCUGGACCUAAGGCAAGAACACCAGAAAUGAAUCUUUCAGGACCUAAACUGAAAGGCCCUGGUAUAAGUAUGCCAGACUUUGAUUUGCCUGAUGCCAGGUUCAAAGGUCCCAAGAUAGACCUCAAUGCUAAACGUCCUGAUAUAGGAAUAGAUGGUAACAUAGGACGACCUGACAUGAACAUUACUCCCCCUCAGGUCAAAGGAGGAAUAAGAGGUCCAGACGUUGACAUGAAUGUUCCCUCAGGAAACUUCCAGGGUCCUGAGAAUGAGCUUGAUUUGGCAGACAGAAAAUUCAAACUCCCUUCUUUCAAGCUGCCUCAGUUGACAGGCCCAGAUCUUAAUAGGGCAGGGUCUGAUAUUGACUUUGGUACACCUCUGAGACCAACAAAUCUGGAUAUUUCUCCUCCAAAUGCUAAAGUGAAUGUGAAACCACCAGAGUUGAAGGGGAAUUUCACAGGUCCAAAGAUUAGUGCUCCAAACAUGGACCCCGGCAUGGUGAAAGCAGCAAUGCAGAAUCCACAGCUGCAUUUCAAAGGAUCUUCUUAUAAGAAUCGCAGAUCAGAUAUCACGGGGGUAAACAUGAGAAUGCCUGUCCUGGACAUAGAUGGAGAUGCUAGACUUCGUCACACUAAUAGACAGUCACCUAGGACCCAAGUAAGGUCCAGCUACCCUUUGGUGGAUGCUCAUUCAGGCCACCAAAUUGAUCACAACCGUUCAGAUCUCAACAUUGAUGAUUUCACAGGAAAGGAUCAUGUGCUUAGAGCCAGAGGUUCAAAACUGGACCUCCAGGCAUCACAUAACUAUAGACAGGUGAUCUCCCCGUCAGGUGUUAAUCUUGACAUGAGGGACCCCAGACAUACCAAUAGAACUCCUCCUGGUGACAUUGAUAUAUACUCAAAGCACCAGAGAACAAUGCAGCCGGUACGUGAUGCACGUUUGCCACAUUUCUCUCAAGAUCCAAGAAUAAGGGUACCUGACAGUUCAGAUGGAUACUACGUCACUGUUUUUCCCACUCAAGCACAAAAUCAAAGAAUGCCAAAUCGCAAAUAUACCACACUCGGGCCGCCUGCCUUUCAUCCAAGAAACUUGGACCUUGAAGUUCCAGGUGAAAAUGACCUAAAAGGGUCAACUUUCUUUUUCUCCAACCUUAUGUAGGUUUCAAACCACCAAUGUUUCCAUAAGUGUUACCAAAUGUUUCUUUUAGUGUGCUUUGGUAUGGUUUAUUUAUUGUGACUUAAUCUGUUAUAUGUUAUUGUAUGAUUUAUGCCUAUGCAUUUUUUUAUGUGUCACUUUCUGCCUCAUUUAAGGUUUUUAUUUGUAUAUAAAGCCAGUCUUGUUGCUUUGUAAUGAUGCAACCUACAAUACAAUGCAGCAUUCUUGCACUUGUUUUUAAUAUGUAAAGUUAAACUUUUAUUACAUUUUGUAAUUUGUACUAUAUUUGCACGAUACAAUACUUGCUUGAAAAGUAGGUAUUCUUUCUAUGUACAUUAAAGUUAAGUUAUGGCACCAAAACCUCCAAAAUCCCAAUAUUUUCUCUCCAGUUUACUACUGAUGUUGAAACUUAAAGAGGAAAUUUGUGGAUUUUAGGGUACUAUUAAAAGAUCAACGGAUGUAAGUUGUUUUGUUAUAUGUUAUCAACUGAAUGUUAAAAUGUCCAAAGUUGUGCAUAUGUUUAUAUUAUAUGGUAUGUUUAUACUUUUUAAACACCCACUUUAUUUUAUAUUCAUUUGAGAUGUAUGUAAUUGAGUUUAUAUAAUUUUUAUGAUCAUUUUUGCUUCAACAUAGUUUUUGCUUUAACAUUGUUGAUAAUAAAUGAUAAUGAAAUGAUUUAAGAUUACUAUAUAUUAAACUAUAUAAACGGACUCAGGCCAUUUUAAAGGUGAUCAUGAAGCGAUUGAAAUUGGUUACAAUGGACACACCAUAUAUCAUUUUGUUAUUAUAUUGUAUAAAAAAAUAAACAAUAGCUACAGUGUUUGUUUUCUAGUUCA